AUGGGUAUCUGGGACGCUUUCUCCGAGAUUGUUGAGGCGGUGACGCCAUGGAGUGUUGUGGAGGCCGAAGCUCCGGCUGAGGAACCCAAGGAGGCUCCCGAGGCCAGCGUAGAGGAGACCAAGGAAGAGCCCGAGGAGGAACCCGCCGCCGAGGAGGACGAGGAGGAAGAGGAAGAGGAGGACGAGGAGGAGAUCAAGGACCCCAAGGAGGAGCUCGAGGAAGAGUGCAAGAACUCUCCCCAGUGCUCCCCCGCCAAGCACCACUUCGACGAGUGCGUUGAGCGAGUCCACCAGCAGGAGAGCGAGGGCGAGGCCAAGGAGGAUUGCGUCGAGGAGUUCUUCCACCUUGCUCACUGCGCUACCGCAUGCGCCGCCCCUAAGCUGUGGUCCAAGCUGAAAUAAAUGUUCCAUGAAACAAUAUGAAUCAUACACCCGACGAAGCAUGCCCGAAACCAAGGAAGGAGUUGAAGGAAGAA